ACUCUUUCUUCUUCUUCAUUCCUGCAACAGAAAUCCCAGAAAAGAAAAUAAAGAAGAAUAAAGAAAAUAAAUUAAAAUCUCAAUGCCUGUGGUAGAGAACUAAGCUGAAGCUACAUCAAUGGCAAUUAUAGCUUCUCUACCAGGUAUGAACAUUUUCUCUUCACUUCCAACAAACCCACCACAAAACAACCACUCUCCACCUCCUCAACCACCAAUCCCCAUCCCUAAAUACCCUCCUCCACUCAAAAAAUCAAAAAAUCCCCAAACUGCCUCUUCUAGCCCAGCCUUCAAACUCCCACACCGUCGAACCAAAUACUACAAACCAAUCAAACAAGACGGCGUCAUUUCCUCAGACGGAGACCGCUCCGUUGUCGUCGGAGAAAACGGUGUUUCCUAUAAACUUCCUGGCGCACCGUUCGAAUUCCAAUUCAGUUACUCCGAAACUCCUAAGGUUAAACCGUUAGCAAUCCGUGAACCGGCUUUUUUGCCGUUUGGUCCUCCUACAAUGCCACGUCCUUGGACCGGUAAAGCUCCGUUAAAGAAAUCGAAAAAGAAAAAGAUUCCUUUAUUCAGUAAUUCGAUACCGAAUGAUGCAAAAGAAGGAGUCAAGUAUUUUGAAAUGCCUGGGGAUUUACAGUUCGGGAAGUUUCCUGAAGAAGUUAAAUCGAGACGGGAGAUAUUAGGGAAGCCGUUAACGAGAUGGGAGAUUAAGCAACUGGUUAAGCCUCUUUUAUCUGAUAAUCGCCAGGUUAAUCUUGGGAGAGAUGGAUUGACGCAUAAUAUGUUGGAAUUGAUACAUUCGCAUUGGAGGAGGAGUCCUGUUUGUAAAGUUCGUUGUAAGGGCAUUCCUACUGUGGAUAUGAAUAAUAUUUGCCGCCAUUUAGAGGAAAGAACUGGAGGAAAGAUUAUAUAUAGAAUUGGUGGUGUAGUUUAUCUUUUUUGUGGAAGAAACUAUGACUAUCGUAGUCGUGUGCGGUACCCAGUAAUGCUCUGGAAACCUGCUGCUCCAGUUUACCCAAAACUUAUACAAGAUGCUCCUGAAGGACUGACUAAAGCUGAAGCUGAUGAAUUUCGGGAAAAAGGAAAGAAUCUUUUGCCAAUAUGUAAAUUAGCCAAGAAUGGAGUUUAUAUAACUUUGGUAAGAGAUGUUAGGAAUGCUUUUGAAGGAAGUCCAUUGGUGAAGAUUGAUUGCAAAGGGAUGAAUCCAAGUGACUACAAGAAGUUGGGUGCUAAACUUAAGGAGUUGGUUCCUUGUGUGCUAUUGUCUUUUGACGAUGAGCACAUAUUGAUGUGGAGGGGACAAAACUGGAAACCAAUGUACCCUGAAGUUCCUUCAGUUUCAACUCCUGAUGCAGCUGAUUUUACAAGUGGUUCAGAUGAUUCAGGCAAGUUUGAAGAUGAUCCCAGUAACCGAGAUGCUAAUGUAGUGAGGUCGAGCCCUAAAAUGAUGUCUCUGUGGGAAUGCGCAAUUGAAUCAAGCAAGGCAAUUUUACUAGAUCAGAUUGAUCUUGGUCCUGAUGAUCUUUUGAGGAAAGUAGAGGAAUUCGAGUGCAUUUCACAGGCCACUGAACACUCCUAUCCAGCUGUAAUUUUGUCGAGCGAGGAUGGUGCCAAUAAUACAGUGGCAGCAUUUGGAGAUGAUUCGCUCAGUGGAAGUUUCACCGAAGAAGAUGAUACAUAUACUGAUGAUGAAUAUGAAGAUGAUGAAUAUUAUGAUAGUGACUCUUUUGAAGAGGUAGACACUGCAGUCCCUUUAGGAUCAUUACCUGUUGAUCGACUAGCAGAGAGGCUCCAUCAAGAAUGAUACCAAAGAUGAUUCUGUCCAAUGCCCUAAUAAAAUUGUAUGAAAAUCUAACGGAAUGGUACGCUGUAAAGAUCAGUAAUAGUUGGGGAAAGAUCUGGAUGUAAAAUUUAUACCUUUCACUCUUUCAGCUCCUAAGGUGUACAUUUGUAAAGUAUGUAGGGGGAAGGGGGAAUGUCCAUGAAAGUAAUUGACUGUAUCAUGUGAAAAAGUUUCAUCUACGGAAGAUGAUAAUCAUUUCUCUCCUGAAAA